AUGCAUGUUUUAAUGAAUACAACAAAUUAUGAUUAUGGUCAAGUUAAAGUUAAAAUGAAUAUUAUUUUCAUUCGACAGGCAAGAAAAGAUACAGUAUUUGGUGAUUAUUAUAUUGAUUCAAUUGACGAUGACGAUGAUCAAAUUAAUGGAAGUAGUAGCGAAGAAGAUAAUAGCUCUUGUGAUGAUAAUAAAUUACUUGAUCAAAGAACCAUAUCUGUUAGUUAUACCUUUACAACACCAAGUCGAAUCAAUGUUCUCCAUAUUCUUGCUCAAUUACUAUUAGUUUCAAAACGUGUUUUAGUAGCUAUUAUCCAGUCUUUAAAUCCAUUACUUGAAAUAUUUAAUGAAAAAAGUUUGAACAAGGAAAGAAUUGAUAUAAUUAGAUCAUCUAUGCUAGAUAAAAUGAUUGAUUUUUUAAAACCAUGGAUUCAUGUAAUGAAACGUAUUCAAUCAUUGCAAGUAUCAUCAAUACAUACGGUAACACCAAAUAAUUCUUCAACAAGUUCAACAACAUUUCAAUUAAGAAAAACAUUUUCAUUACAUUACGUGCUUCCACGGUUUGAUAAAGCUUUUCAAGAAGCUGUUCGAGAUUCAUCAUCAGCAAACUUUGGAGCACGAUGA